AAUGUGUUUGCUACCGGCGAGAACGAGGAAUCUUUCAUUGUUUAACUUUGAACACUGACUUAUAAUAAAACUGAAAUAAAGAAGACUUACUAUUAUGGUGAAGAUAUCAAACUGGUGUUCAUGUUGUGAGAAAGUUGAGGUCUAAACUGAAGAGAUUACCGAAAUGAAGCCUUGAAUUAAAAGAUUUUACAGAUAUAAUGUUGGAACUAUAAUCCAAGGAAAUCUACAAGAGAUGUUAGAGUUAUGGAAACUAUUAAGCACAGUAACUGUGUCAAAACAGGAGUAGUUGGAACAUUAGAUAAGAAAGGUGAAGACUUCAAUAAAAAAGGUGCACAUAGUUUAGUCAACAAUUGUAAGAUGACUUUAUCUGGCAGUGCAGUAGCCACAUCAAAGAAGAAAGUGAAACAAUGCUCUUUAUUGGUAAAACAGUUCACCUAUGGAAAAAAUAUUACUGGUGUUGAUGAUAUAGACAAAAAUCAAUAUAGAAAAAUGUCAACAAAAAAUAAUAUGCUACUUCACUCUGGAAAAGCUCAUUUGCAUGAUUCAGACUCUUUAGUUAACAAAGAUAAGUUCCAUUCUUUGAAAAAUAAUUCAAAUAUGAAAAUAAUAAAAAAUUUUCUUUUAGUGAUGAUUUGCAACAGAAUGAGAGUCUUGAAGAAAAUAAAGGUGAACAUAAGUUGGAAAGUGUUUCUCUAGGUGGAGCUUCUGUGAAAAGCAGUGAUGUAUGUGUAGCUUCAAAUGCUUUUUUUUGCCCUAGUGAAGUUGGGUGUUCAAGUAAUGAAGAAGUGUUUAAAAAACUACCAGAAACUACCUGUCACUCACAAGUUAAAACAAAUUAUGUUAACUCUAAUUUGGUUGUUAAAAAUAUCAUUGACUCUUAUUCAAGUAAUGAUUUUAAUCAUGAAAUUAAUGAAAUAAACACAAAUGAUACUAAUGAAAUAACUGUUUUAAAGUGUGGAGAAAUGUCAGAUGAAAACAUGUCAAAGAAUAAAUUGGAAGUUGCAAACAACAUUGGUAUGGAAAUAGUUAUUGAUGGUGAUACCUCUGUAGGAGAAGGUUUGUUAGGUGAAUUGAUAUAUGUAAGUAAUGAUGAUAAAAUUCACAGUCAGUCUUUUGAUAUUCCUAUUUAUAAUGUUAAAACUGUGCCUAGCUUAACUAACAUUGCCAAAAAGGAAGAAGUCUCUGGGCAAGUAAAUGUUUCCUGGGGAAACAAGACUUCAUGUUUGGAUUCUAGAGAGAAGGAACAAAACUCAAUAGAUAACUAUAUCAAAGUAGAGGAAAAUGGUGGAAGGCAAAGUUGUACAAAGACUAAUCAAAAUGAGGAAAUGUUCAAGAAUAUUUUAAAGCAGGUGAGUCAACAACUGAAUCAGAUGCAUCAAGACACUUUGGCAAAAUCAAGUAAUUCUCAACUUCUGGAAACUCUACCUCAGAUCGUCCCCACAUCUUCAAAGGAAUCAAACUGUGUAUUGACUUCUCAUACAUGUUUAUCAAAACCAGGAUCAGCUAGUAGUCUGUUAGACCUAGCCAAAAAGUUCAGCUUAAAGGAUAAUAGAAGUAGGAGAUCCAGUUGUAUGAGCACUGUAUCCUGUUGUAGCCCUAGUAUUAUUGGUGGAUCUUCACAGUGUGCCAAUUCUAUGAAACAACCACUGAGGUUCGAACCUACUGAUUUAGAUAAACCAUCAAUACCAAAGAUAUUGAACUCACUAAAAACUACAGUUGACAUCCCUGAACUACAUAGAUCACAUUCAGAUGCACAAUCAUUCAUGUGUAGCGUUGAAAGUGUUCUGCCACAUAUACCAGUUCAUGAAGCAAGGAGGAGAUAAAGCCAUGUCUGCCUGUGUCUGCAAAGCUGAAUUUUGUGCAUGGAUGUCAACAGCAUUAUCCUCCAAUGGUAGGACAAGUGAUGGCUUGAGGUUACAACUUCCCUUAAGUUUCAGUGAGAA